UAAAAGAUGACAUCAUGACCACGUAGAGCCGCGCAAAAGCCGGUGAUGAACUUUAUAGCCGCAUAGAAGAUGACGCGGUCUCGGCCUGAGGUAUUAGUACAGGUCUAAGUCCUGAUUUCUACUUCCAUCUAUCUUAGCCCCUUUCUUUCCCAUCCCCCAUCCCAGGUAUUCGUUCCUAUCCAACACCCACAACAUCUGUCAUCCCGCAACAUGUCCUCCCAAUCCCAUCCUAGCACCCGCCCCGACACAGAGAAACACUCCGACCCCGACCCCAUCGCCUACGAAGUAGAGGUGUACCAGCGCGGACUGCGGUACCAACGACCUCCCUUUACCUUCAAGCCCCUGGAAUGGGAACGCCUCGCGGCGGAGCGCAUGUCUGCCGACGCGCGGGGCUACGUGCUCGGGUGCGCGGGGACGGGGGAGACGGCGCGGAAGAACAGAGAGGCUUUUGGGAGAUGGUCUAUCGUGCCGCGGCGGUUGGGACUGGGCCAGGCUUCAAAAGGCGGCGGUGAUAGUAGCAAGAAGGGGGAAGAGAAAAAGGAAAAGGAAAGGGUCUUCUUCCCGGACCUCUCCGUCAAUGUGCUGGGCAGAUCCCUCCCGUACCCCAUCGCCUGCGCGCCCGUCGGCGUCCAGAAGAUCAUGAAUCCCGACGGGGAGCUGGCGGCUGCUAGGGCGGCGGCGCGGGAACGGGUCCCGUUUAUACUGAGCACGGCGAGUAGCUCCAGCAUCGAGGAUGUAGCGCGGGCGAGCGACUCGGGGGCGGAGGGCGGGGGGGAGGCGGAGAGGUGGUUCCAGUUGUAUUGGCCGGCGAGGGAACACGAUGAUAUCACGGUGUCGUUGCUGGGGCGAGCGGAAAGGGCUGGGUUUAGGGUGUUGGUGGUGACGCUGGAUACGUAUAUAUUGGGGUGGAGGCCGAGUGAUAUGGAUAAUGGAUACAACCCCUUCCUCCGCUCCGACCAAGUCGGCAUCGCCAUCGGGCUCUCGGACCCGGUGUUCCAGGCCCACUUCAAAGAGAAGCACGACGGCGUGUGCGUCGACGACGACCUAGGCGCCGCGGCCGCAGAAUGGACGCGCACCAUCUUCCCAGGCACACCGCACGCCCUCGACGACGUGGCCUUCCUGCGCAAGCACUGGCGCGGCCCCAUCGUGCUCAAGGGCAUCCAGAGCGCAUCCGACGCGCGCGAGAUCGCCGCCUCGGGCCUCGCAGACGGCAUCGUAGUAAGCAACCACGGGGGACGCCAGGCAGACGGGGGCGCGAGUUCGCUCGGCGCGCUGAAACAAGUCGUAGCGGCCGUCCGUCCCCGUCCCCGUCCUCCCGCUCCUGACCCAGAGACCAACGGCACAGACGGAAACACGAAACUCCAGAUCCUCUUCGACUCCGGGAUCCGCAGCGGCGCCGACAUCGCCAAGGCGCUCGCCCUCGGCGCCGACAUGUGUCUCGUCGGGCGCCCGUACGUCUACGGGCUGGUGCUCGGCGGCGAGGACGAGCUGUUUUAGGCUGAGGGGGGGAGUUGUGUUGUAGGGAGAGAUAGUCGUCUAACCUAGGCUACAUAGAUGUAAUAAGGUAGGUACAUACAUACAUACAUACAGAAAUAGGGGUGCCUAAAGU